AUGCUGCUCCUUCUGCCUAUCCUGCUAAAGACGGCCGAGGAGCUAAAGUCUGAUGUGUGCGUUGUAGUCUUCGCCUCGGCCGCCCAUAAGUACGCCCCCGAUAAGGAGGGUAUUAUAUUUGAUAUGCUUAAGAGCCAGGCCGAGCAGAUCGGCACCGUUACCCGCUACGGGCAAAGCAAGCUUGCUAAUACUCUCUUCGCCAAGGAGCUUGCCCGGCGCUAUCCUAUGCUUACUGUCUCUUCCCUCCAGCCCGGCCUGGUAAUAACUAACCUGGCUAAUACUAUGAGCGAUAAUAGCUGGAUUAUGCGUAUCGCCUGGAAGAUUACUAUGGCCUUUAUCGGCGUUGACGUUCUAACUGGUACCCUUAACUAG